UUGGCUUUUGGAUGAGUGUGCGUCUGACGUCAGCGCGUAGGAAGUGCUCUGAGGCAGGAAUAGUUUGUUUACCGUCUCCCACCACAAUGGAUCCACGGAUUCACUCCAUUCCACUGGCACUACUUUGGCUGCGCCUCCAGCAACAGCAACAACAACUACAAUCGCAAUACGCAAGACUAGUUCGAGUCAAACAGAUUCAUGUCCUGAUGCGCUUGCAUUUCCGACGUAGACAGGCAAGAAGGCGAAGAAGGCGAAGACUGCGAGCUAGCCUGCAGGCAUUAGCAGCGUUCCGGGGGAGGCAAACAAGGAACAUUUGGGUCAAACCACGGUGUCAUGAAUGGUGGCAGCAAGUGUGUGACAGCUGGACAGAAACUGAUUGGCAGCGGAACUUCAGAAUGACAAGAGCUACCUUCAAUGUACUGUGUAACAUUCUUCGAGGACAGCUAACCAGGCAGGAUACCAGAUUUCGCAAAGCGGUAUCAGUGGAGUUGCGUGUGGCAAUCUGCUUGUGGAGGCUCGCAACCAAUCUCGAGCUCAGAUCUCUCUCUCACCUCUUUGGUGUGGGAUUGUCAAGUGCCUGUUCCUUCACACAAGAAGUUGUCAGUGCCAUAAAUGAAAUCCUGGCCCCACAAUACCUCCACACACCUUCAGCUGCUGAACUUGAAGGAAUCGUCAGAGGAUUCCGUGAGAGAUGGAAGUUUCCACAGUGUGCUGGAGCUGUGGAUGGAACUCAUAUUCCCAUCCUGGCACCACCUAACAACUCAGCAGAUUAUUACAACCGUAAGGGGGUCUAUUCUGUUAUCCUCCAAGGUGUUGUUGAUCACAACAUGAAAUUUUGGGAUGUAAACAUUGGCUGGCCGGGGAGGGUUCAUGAUGCCCGUGUGUUCUCAAACUCGUCCCUUUACCAACGAGGACAGAAUGGAACACUACUGCCAGGAAGGAGUGAAACCAUACAGGAUGUGGAUGUCCCUCUAGUUAUCCUAGGAGAUGCCGCAUAUCCACUGCUGCCAUGGCUAAUGAAGCCAUACCCAGAGGGCAGAGGGACAACACAGGCACAAGCGGCUUUUAACACCUGCCUGAGUCAAACCAGAAUGACAGUGGAGAGGGCUUUUGGAGUCACAACGAAGAGUACAUCUGUGAUGAUGAAGAUGAUGAACAUGAUGGGAGACCAGACCCUGCUGACCAUUACAUUGGCGGUGACAGUGGGAAUAACAUCAGGGAUGCCUUGUGUACUUAUUUUUCUACUCUCUAGUUUGAGCAUAAUUCACAGUUUGAGCGUGUUUAUGUUGUUUGAUAUUUCUGUGUUCAGAAUUACACAAGUGUCAUAUUGUGCUAUGAGACACAGCCCUCAGGAAUAAAUAUUUUUGUUUACC